AUGAAGAAGAUUAGAAGCAGAGGUAGUUUUUAUGGUAAUUGCCCUCAAUGUAAUAAACCUAGGACUAACCUAAAUUUUUGUAUUAAUUGCCAACAUAAUUAUCACAUUGAAAAUUUUGAUAGGUGGUCAAGUGGUAAUUUGAAGAUUGACAAACUUAUUAGAUAUACACAGGUAAACUCGACUCAUCAUGAUCUUUUGGAGUGGAUCGAAUGGGAUGACAUUGAACUUAUUGAAUACCGUGAUAAAGGUUGCUUUGGUGAAAUCCAUUCUGCGUACUGGUUGAGUGGUCCUUUGUCUAUGUGGGAUCGUGAUUUAGAGUACUAUAAUAGACAUGGCCCAACUAAAGUUGCUAUCAAAAAAAUUGAUAAUUCGCAAGAGCUCAGUCAAGAAUUCGUAAACAAAUUGUAUGAGUUCCACCGAUGUACAAAAAACAAUUACAUUGUAGAUUUUUUUGGUAUAACGUGUGACGAUACAUCUAAUUAUUGUUUGGUAUUAAAGUACUAUGAAGACGGAAAUAUCUAUAAAUUCCUUGACAAAUCAGAAGGACUAUUGUGUUGGCGAGAUAUAGUUGAAAUCAUUUGGUUGAUCGCUGGUGGAUUGAAAUGCAUACAUCGAGAAAAAUUAUGUCACGGAAAUUUUCAUUGUGGAAAUAUAUUGAUCGAUAAUAGAGGUGAUCUCCUUGAUGUUGCGAUUACUGAUGUUGGAUCUGGAAUCCGUCCAUUUUCAGACAUUGCUCACGACGAAAAACUUGCAAAUGAAAUAAUCGUAGAUGGGAAAAGGCCAAAAAUAUGUGAAAACAAUUUUCCAAAAGUUUUUAUUGACCUUAUGAGAAGAUGUUGGGAAAACGACACUAAAAGAAGACCGACCGCAAAGGAAUUAUUUGAAAUUACUGGAAGAUGGGUAGUGUAUAUUUGUGAUAAUCUAAGUCCCAAUGAAACUAGUCGUCAAUUUGAUGAUGCCGAGGAUAAAAAAUUCUUGGAACUCGAAAACCCCCCUUUCUCCCAACCAACUAUUCAUCCUUUAGCAAUUUACACGAGCAGACUACUGGAUUUUCCUGGAAUUCCUUUAAAGUUGGCAGUUGAUCAUCAAUGGGGUGGUGUUGACUCUGAGGAUAAACAAGAAUGGCUUAUUGGUGAAAUUGUAGAUUAUUUCGAAAAAAUCCCUAUCAUCUUUACCAAGGGAGAUCUUGCAAAACUUCAUAAACCAGGUGGUAAUCCACAAAUUAAACCUGAGUUAAUGGAACAACAUUUGAAAGAAGUUGGUGAACCUAAUGGAUUUUUACAUGUUGGUCAUGUAAAAGCUAUCAAUGUAAAUUUUGGAUAUGCUAAAGCAUAUGAUGGGAUAUGUUAUCUGAGAUAUGAUGACACUAACCCUGAAGUUGAGGAAGAGAUUUAUUUUACUUCUAUUAGAGAGGCAAUAGAAUGGUUAGGGUUUUCACCAUACAAGAUCACAUAUUCUUCUGAUUAUUUUGACAACUUUUAUGAAUUGGCAAUAGAAUUAAUUAAGUGUGAUAAAGAAUAUGCAUGUUCAUCUGAAUUUCAAAAAAUGAAGGAGGGAAAGUACAAGGAAGAAGAGGUAACCAUUUGUAUGAAGAUGGACAUGCAAAGUGGAAAUCCACAAUUUUGGGAUUUGGUUGCAUAUUGUGUUUUGCACACACCACAUUAUAGAACUGGAACCAAAUGGUGUAUUUAUCCAACUUAUGAUUUCACACAUUGUCUUUGUGACUCUUUUGAAAAUAUUACACAUUCACUUUGUACACUUGAAUUCCGGACAGCUCGUGAAUCUUAUUAUUGGCUAUGUGAUGCUCUUGAAGUAUAUAAGCCUGUUCAAUUUGAGUAUAACAGACUAGUUAAUGAAAAAUAUGUAAAAGGUUGGGAUGAUCCACGGCUAUAUACACUACCAGCUUUAAGAAGACGUGGUGUCCCACCAGAAGCUAUUAAUCAAUUUGUUUUAGAACUUGGUGUGACUACAUCAAAUUCAACAAUUCAAGUAUCACGUUUUGAAAAAUAUAUUCGUAAUUAUUUAGAUGUCAAUGUUCCAAGAUUAAUGGUCAUUAUAGAUCCUAUUAAAGUAAUAAUUGAAAAUCUACCUGAUGAUUAUGUCGAAGAGUUGAUUGUUCCUUUCAAACCAAGAGAUACAUCUAUGGGAGAGCAUGUAGUACCAUUUAGCAAAGUAAUUUAUAUUGAAAAAGAUGAUUUUAGAGAAGAAGAUUCACCAGAUUAUUAUCGUCUUGCAAUUGGUAAAACAGUAGGCUUAUUACAUGUUCCACAUUGGAUCACAUGCACAGGAUUAAAAAAAGACACAAAUGGAAAUAUAGAACAUUUGAUAUGUUGGUAUGAGAAUGUAACUCCAGUUACAGUUAAAAAACCUAAAACAUAUAUCCAUUGGGUAGCAGAAACACCUACUACCAUCACAACUACCACUAAUAAAAAUCAUCAAUCUCCAAUUCGAUUAUCAGAAGUUCGAAUAUAUAAUAAUUUAUUCAUAUCAGAAAAUCCAGAUGGGAAUCCAAAUGGUUUCUUGGCAGACAUAAAUCCAAAUAGCUUAGAAAUUGCUACUAAUUCAUUAGCAGAAGUUGGAUUAAAAGAAAUUAUUACCAGAUCAUCACUAUCAUCAUUUGACUACUCUAAAAAAAAUUAUGAGAAUGUUCGAUUUCAAGCUAUCCGUGUUGGUUAUUUUUGUCUUGAUAAAGAUUCUGAAUUAGUUCAUGAUGAUGAUGGCGAGAAGAAUAGUUAUAUGUUUAAUAAAAUUGUUUCUUUAAAAGAGGAUCCAAAAAAAGACUUGGACAACAAUUCAAAAAGGGACUCAAAAAGGGACUCAAAAAAGGACUCAAAAAAGGAUUCAAAAAAGAAUUUAAAAAAAGAAUUAAAAAAAGAAUUAAAAAAAGAGUCAAAAAAAAGUGAAGAAGUUUAA